UACAACAAAACCACAGGAGAAAAGAAAAGAAGAAAAAAAAAACAGGAUGUAAUCUUGGAAACCAUUAACAACAGCAUAACAUAAACAAAAAAAACUAUACAUAAAUCUUGGAAAAUAAGGGAAAAGAGGACAAAAAAGGGAAUAGCAAAUAACAGAAACCAAUGGAAAGUGAAGAAGAAAACACGCCAGAGAGAGCCGUUGCAAAGGCGACAUCUGACUGACCUCAUCCAUAACUUUAGCGAACUGCAGGGUGUCACGGUGGUACCUCCAGUGUGUGGCGUGUGCAGGGUCGUGGCAGCAUCUCUAUGGAUGUGUGGGCGUGACGUGGCAGUGAUCAGAUGUGCUAGAAAACUUUGAAUACAGAUUUGGGAAAGGAAAAGGACUAAGGAAAGUUCAUUGUGGUUAGAAAGCAUUGGAGUGGGUGAUCAAAAAAGCCAAACAAAGAACAAAUCACUAAAAGAUAAAAAGUGUGUGCCUCUGUGGUGACCAAGGCGUCCCAGGAAGACCACCAGAUCAAGCCAGACCAGACCAGACCAGAGAGAGGAUAAGGCAGGACAGCAGUGGCGAGACAGCAAGAACCCACCAGCAAGUCCAUUCUGCCCCAGACCCCUCGGGUCAGUGGCCGGCAAGUCCUCCCGUCCAUUCUGCCCCAGAGCCCCUUGGGUCAGUGGCUGGCAAGUCCUCUUCUCCAUUCUGCCCCAGAGCCCCUCAGGUGCCAGGUCGGCGUCCAGCGACGGGACUCCCUCCGUGCAUCCUCGGCUCAGGCCCAGGGUUCCUGCAGGACCGGCCGCGGCCAGGAGCAGUGUUGCAAUGGAGGAUGUGACGUCAUGCAGCAGCAGCAGGAACAGCUGGGAGCAGCAGGCGACCCCAGGCGUGAGGACCUACACUUGUGACCACUGCGGCAAAGUGUGCUCCACCAAGGCUGCCAUUGCCAGACACGUCCUCUCCCAUGCCGGCAAGACAAGGCUGAGAGGCAGGAGUGGCCCCACUGAACACACUGCCACCCACACUGGCGGCAGGAACCACAAGUGUGACCACUGCGGGAAGACAUUUGCCCGGAAGAGUCAUCUCUCCUCACACAUCCUCACCCACACUGGGGAGAGAAAGUUCCAGUGCCUGGAGUGUGGGAAAAGAUUUACCCUGAAAGGUGAUCUUCACAGACACAUCCUCACCCACACUGGGGAGAGAAAGUUCCAGUGCCUGGAGUGUGGGAAAAGAUUUACCCUGAAAAGUAAUCUUAACACACACAUUCUCACCCACACUGGGGAGAGAAAGUUCCAGUGCCUGGAGUGUGGGAAAAGAUUUACCCGGAAAGGCCAUCUUGACACACACAUCCUCACCCACACUGGGGAGAGAAAGUUCCAGUGCCUGGAGUGUGGGAAAAGAUUUAUCCGGAAAGGCCAUCUUGACACACACAUCCUCACCCACACUGGGGAGAGAAAGUUCCAGUGCCUGGAAUGUGGGAAAAGAUUUAUCCGUAAGGAUUCCCUUGACACACACAUCCUCACCCACACUGGGGAGAGAAAGUUCCAGUGCCUGGAGUGUGGGGAAAGAUUUAUCCGGAAAGGCCAUCUUGACACACACAUCCUCAUCCACACUGGGGAGAGAAAGUUCCAGUGCCUGGAGUGUGGGGAAAGAUUUAUCCGGAAAGGCCAUCUUGACACACACAUCCUCACCCACACUGGGGAGAGAAAGUUCCAGUGCCUGGAGUGUGGGAAAAGAUUUACCCUGAAAAGUAGUCUUGACACACACAUCCUCACCCACACUGGGGAGAGAAAGUUCCAGUGCCUGGAGUGUGGGAAAAGAUUUACCAGGAAGGAUUCCCUUGACAGACACAUCCUCACCCACACUGGGGAGAGAAAGUUCUAGUGCCUGGAGUGUGGGAAAAGAUUUACGUUGAAAGGUCAUCUUGACAGACACAUCCUCACCCACACUGGGGAGAGAAAGUUCCAGUGCCUGGAGUGUGGGAAAAGAUUUACCCUGAAAGGUCAUCUUGACACACACAUCCUCACCCACACUGGGGAGAGAAAGUUCCAGUGCCUGGAGUGUGGGAAAAGAUUUACCCGGAAAUACCAUCUUGACACACACAUCCUCAGCCACACUGGGGAGAGAAAGUUCCAGUGCCUGGAGUGUGGGAAAAGAUUUACCCUGAAGCGUUCUCUUGACAGACACAUCCUCACCCACACCGGGUCCCCCGAGUGCCCAUGAGGUACAAACAACUGCGGUCAAAGGGAAAGAUUGCCGUCCUGAAGAGAGCCCUCGGAUACACUGGUAACACUGCUUAGGGUGUAACUUUAGACCCCAGGCUUGGGGCCAUUGCACUCACCAAACAAUGAAACAAGAAAAUGCAGAAAACAGGGAGAGAAAGUUCCCAGGCCUGCAGUGUGGGAAAAGAUUUGCCCUGGCAAUACCAGUGGUGACUUGUGGGUGUGGUGUGGUGACUGGCCACAACAUUACUGCCACAAACCAGCUGGCAAUACCAGUGGUGACUUGUGGGUGUGGUGUGGUGACUGGCCACAACAUUACUGCCACAAACCAGCUGGCAAUACCAGUGGUGACUUGUGGGUGUGGUGUGGUGACUGGCCAAAAGGUUUAUCCUGCAAUGUAAUGUUGACAAACAUCCUCACCCACACUGUGGUAAGGAAGUACAGGUGUGGUGUUUGUGGCAGUGUUUGUGUAGCAAGAGUGGUGUUGCCAGACACAUCCAAACACACCUGUGAGGGGUGAGGUGUUGUGGAUGUGGUGGUGGUGUGUGAGGGACUUGGAGUGACUAGUGUUUGUGUGUUGUUACUUUGUACUCAAGUGUUGGAAUAAACUUUUGUUGCUAGAAUGCUGAGUUAUGUUGUUAACAGUACUUAAUGUGUGUGUGUGUGUGUACAAAAUGGCCAGUAUUAAUCCUCACAUGACAAACAGCGGUGGAUGACUGGAAUAGACUCAGUAGUCAGGUUGUUAGUGCAGAGUGAGUCAUUACAGAGCUUUGAAGUGUUAGACAAGUGUUUGGACAGGGCUGACAGGUGGAAACAGACAGGUGUGUUUUGUACAGGGACUGCCACGUGUAGGCCUGAUGGCUUCCUGCACCAACCCUUGUGUUCUUGUGUACUACUACUACUACCACCACUACUACUAUUAAUAAUAAUAAAACACUUCAUUUCUUCA